CUGCGUGUUACUGCCGUUUCCCUCAGUGACACACUCCACCUGUUUGUGAGGCUGCAGGAGUCAGUGGGUCCCUGUUGUGAUGCGGUGAGGAGUUCAGGGAACAGCACGAGUCUGGAGAUUAUCUGUAGUCAUGGUUCGAGUCUGUGUGGAUGUCACGGGGAAGUUCAGGGGCAGGUCGUGCGGUUGAAACUCUGUAUUUCUUGCUAGUGUCACUGGGACUACAUCGGGUGUGUGUGUGUGUGAUACCAUCAUGUUGACUACAUCAUGUACAGACUUGUGUGUGUGUGUGAUACCAUCAUGUUAAAAGCAAUGUUAUUGUUGAGCUAAAAAAUGUCAUAUCAGUCGAAUGAAAACCAUCAAGAAAAUGUCCUAUUUUGAUUUAUUUAAAGUUUAAAGACUUAAGUUUGCUCCUGAUGAAAAACACCAGACAAAGAUCAAAUUUGAGGAAAAACCGGAGGUGGAACAUUAAAGCUAGUAACCUCCUCACAAUCCUUACACAGAGAAACAGCUAUAUAUUUUCCAACUUUUAUAAAUUGCUAUCCAUGAAAGUUAUUAUUGUUUUAUCACCCAGCAAUUAAGUUUAGUGGUUGAUUUCAACACCUGAGUGUAGACUGUUUUAAAACUCUUUAUGAUAUUUCUAUUGAGGCGAAUGGUAUUGUUAGGGCCGUGCACAUAUGAUUACCUGUGACUGAUCGUCCUUCACUCGGCUCCUAAUUUAAACAUUUAGAAUUUAGCUCCAUAGAUGAGCAUGGUGUUGGGUGUUGUCGGAGCACAUCAGGCUCGCUGACUGGCCACACAUGCAGCUCUUUGUCUGGGACUUGGUCCACAGAGCUCCAUUGUUGUGUAGGAUUCAGCUCAAGUCCAUUCAUGAGGCUGAGAGCAUCAUCAGCUGGGACGUGUGGAGUUCCCCCACAGACGGCUUACGCUGCAUUACUGUGUUGAUGCCCUGGUGUUUACAGCAGGCUGCCAGGUAUUUCAGAUCCGGAGGCACCAUCGCAACCUUCUCUUGCUGAAGUGAGUCUUCUGGUUUGAUCUCAGUGUGUGGUUCACGAGGGGUGUGUGCUGCCCUGUGAUCGCUGUGGAUCUAUGCAGGAUAAGGAAAGGGCGGCGAUCAGAUGUGUUGCCUCAGGAAAGUGUGCGAGUGCCAACUCUGGUUUGGGAGUCUGGCACAAGCGGAUCCCUCUUCUCCGACUCCCUGCCACUGAAAGGCGUGUUGGUGCUAGCCGUGCUGGUUUGCCCAUGGAGAAGCCGUCACCUUCAUCCAAAGCAGCGCUGGAGGAGAGAGCCGACCCAGUGGAGGAGAGGGAAUUGCUAAGAGGUGCUGAGGGUGAAGAUGUGGGUCCUCCGACCCAGAGGAAGAGCAGCUCCUCCCGAUCCUCCCGCAAGAGCUUCCGCCUCGACUAUCGGCUGGAGGAGGAAGUGACAAAGUCGUGUCAAGACAAACAUGGCCGCUGGACGAACCCCUGGUCCACAUGGCGCUUCCCUUCCUGGCCGUUGCUGCUCAGGUUCAUGUUGUGGGAUAAAGAUCACAGCAGAGUACCAACUAAUAAAGAGGCUCUUGACAGCGAGCUCCCAGUGAUGGAGCCGUACUUUGUCCAGAACCCGGACCUCUCCGACUCCGGUCCAGGUCUGAGAGUCACCUGGCUGGGUCACGCCACGGUCCUGGUCGAGAUGGACGGACUGAACAUCCUGACCGACCCCAUCUUCAGCCAGAGGGCCUCGCCUAUCCAGUUUGUGGGGCCCAAAAGGUACCGAGGGCCUCCAUGCACUGUGGAACAGCUGCCCAGGAUCGAUGCUGUGGUCAUCAGCCACUCUCAUUAUGACCACCUGGAUGUUGGAUCUGUGGCCAGCCUCAACACACGCUUCGGGGGGGAGCUACGCUGGUUCGUGCCCAUGGGUCUCAUGGACUGGCUGAUGAAGAUGGGCUGUGAGAACGUGAUCGAGCUGGACUGGUGGGACGAGAACUGCGUCCCGGGUCACGACGACGUGACCUUCGUCUGCACGCCGUCUCAGCACUGGAGCAAACGCUCGGCUCUGGAUGAUAACAAGACGUUAUGGGGCAGCUGGUCUAUUUUGGGUCCGGAACAUCGAUUCUUCUUUGCUGGGGACACUGGCUACUGCCCCUCCUUCCAGGAGAUUGGACGACGCUUCGGACCAUUCGACCUUGCUGCCAUCCCCAUCGGAGCGUACAUGCCCAGGGACGUGAUGAAGGGGCAGCACAUAGAUCCAGAGGAGGCUGUUCAGAUUCACCAGGACCUGCAGGCAAAACACUCUGUGGCCAUUCACUGGGGAACUUUUGUACUCACCUAUGAGUACUACUUGGAGCCGCCGGUUCGUCUCAGAGCGGCACUGGAGGAGAAAGGACUGCAUCCGAAAUCCUUCUUCACGUUGCAUCAUGGGGAGUCUCGGCUUAUUACGUCCCGGGUCGGAGACGUCUUUGACUGAUCCUCCUCCUUGUCCUCCUCCGGUGAUCCUGGGCUGCAUUACCUUCGAUCUGUAAUAAGGACCAGAGAGAUUUUGUAGAUAGACUUUAGUGAUUAAAGUAUGAAAAGCAAAUGUAUUCAGCUCGUCUCUAUAUUGACCCUGUAAUGAACAUUUAUUAUUGUUCACCAAUUUCAUUACAUUACAGCGUCACUGGUGAACAGUACUAGCUAAAGGAGCUGAUACAUACACAUGAUUUUUCAUUGGUUUGCACAAGUUGAGAACAUGAAUUCAGGUCCCAUUCAAAACAGCUGAAGACUAAGUGUCCACAUGUGGGAUCAGCGUAGACAUUACUGUUCAGUUGUUGUUCAGUCAGCAUGCAGACCGCAAAGUACCACUUUGAAAUACAACAAAGCUGCAGAAACACUGUCAGUGAUUAUCGACAUGGAGGGAGACAAUUUAAUGUUAAAUAUAGGAAGUGGUUAAGAACGUUUACCCUGACACUCGUGGUCAUUGGAGAACAAUGCUACCUAAAGAAUCUAAUGACAAAAUAAAGGAAAAACUCUUCUGGCAAAGAUUAGCUCUUGUCUUUCUGUAAUUCAAAGAACAUCUUCUGCAGCUUUGUUGUAUCUCAAAGUGGGAACUUACAUUUUGACAUUAAAUGAGUGUUUGAAAUAUUUUCUGGUUGAUAAACUUUCCAGAACAGAGGAGCAGCAACCGCUGAAAAGAAACUUGAGCAUCAUUCUUUUUCAGAAUUUUUGCACAUUAACAAAAAAAUCGGAAUAAGAUAAGUUAAAGUGAACCUUACAGAGUUACUAUAGUAACCAAUGCUCUUAAAUGAAGAUGUGAAAGUGUGUGCACAGGAAACAGUGGAGGUUGAUUGACAAACCUCAUCUCUGAAGCCGAACAGGAACCUGUAGACACGUGUUGCAGUUACAUGUUCACACACAGCUGGACACGUGAGCUGUUAUAUCAAAGACAAAACACAGACAGAUAUUUAGUGGUUUUUAAAGAGCAGUGUUAGCUGAAGCUUAAUGACAAUGCUGUGAUUCUAUUCAGGCCAACACAAAACUACACAGACAAGACAAGUAAAGGAAGAAAUCGAAUUCCCUACAGCUGAAGUGUCAGUGUGCACAAGUUGAGCUGGGUUCAACUUGCACUGCAGCUACUGUGUUUUGUUCCUGUGACGAAAAUUCACUUUGAAUGUCCUCAAACCACAGCACAAAGACCCACCUCCUCAUGCAUCAGUGAUGUUUUCGAUCCAGACAGAAACAAUAGAAUAAUUGAGUGCUGUUUUGAGGGGAUUUAAUAGCCUGGAUAAAACUGUAUUGUCAGUCUUGGCUAAAUGUGGUUUACAUUGAUUCUGUGUCGCUGAAUUUACCAUUAAAUAAACAUUGCAUACCUGCAAA